UCUACAGAGGUAAGUAAUGCUUCUCUUUCUCUAAUUUCUAAAGAGAAAUGAAUUUUUUAUUUUAAUAAAAAUGAAUUUUCUUUUUUGUUAUUUUCUUUUCAUUUAUGCAUUUUUCUGCAUUGUAAUUAGAUUUCUCUUUUUGUAAUUGGGUUUUCCAUAAAAUGCCUUUUGUAUUCCUUGUAAUAUAUUUUCUUUUAAAAUUUUAAAAUCUAGAAUUUCUAGCUUCGUAUUUAAACUUCCACGUUUUUUUUUAAAGCAUUUUUUGUUAAUGUAAAAAAUCCCACUUGUGAUUUUUCGUGUAUGCAUUUAAUAGGUUUGCAUGAAUUUGCAAUUUCUUGAUUUUAUCAUUUUAAAUGCAAUUUUCUCAAUACAUCUCUUGAAAGAAGGGAGAGAUUUUGCUAGCAUCGUAAGGCAUGUUGAAAGGAGUAAGCCAGAGCUUCUUAGACAUUUCCAAGCCACGAUUUUCAGACGUGAAGCCGGCCAGGUUAUCCGAUCGUAGCGAUGCGAUCUUGCAAUCGGACGAUUUCCGGAUGUAUGUGUUCAAGAUAAAGCGAUGCUCGAAAUCUCGAAGCCACGACUGGACGGAGUGCCCGUACGCCCAUCGCGGUGAGAAGGCGAGGCGGCGGGACCCACGCAAGUUCAAUUACCAUGGGAUCGCUUGCCCGGAGUUCCGACGCGGGGCCUGCUGGAAGGGCGACACAUGCGAGUUUGCUCAUGGUGUGUUUGAGUUCUGGCUCCAUCCAGCGAGGUACCGGACUCGUGCAUGCAAGGCAGGGCGGUACUGCCGCCGUAAGGUCUGCUUUUUCGCUCACACGCCCGAGCAGCUGCGGGCCGGGAUCAAGUACACAUGUGAAUGCGUUCAUCGGGAUGGCGUGGGAGUUUCGGAUGGAGGAGAGAAUGCUGUGGUGGGAUCGCCUCCCACGUCGCCAGGGAAUGAGUUUUCUUCGAUGGGGGAGUGGGAGUUUUUGGAGGGUAUUAAAGGGUUGAAGAUAGGUGAUGUUGAGGAAGUGGAUACGAGUAUCGGUGCUGAUAUGUUCGAUUCGCCUGAUAUUGAUUGGAUUUCGGAGUUGGUGAACUAAGAUGAGAGAGAAGACGGUUUUGGAUUGAUGGGGAGAGAUUAAGGUAUUGGAUUUAAGAUGAAAAUCCGUUUUAUUUAUGUAAAUGUUACAUUAGUUAUUGUCAGUUCGCAUGCAUAUCGCAUUGCAUGUGAUCUAUAAAUAAAUAGAUAUGAGAUAUGAUGCAGCGGUCAUUGCAAGACUGUAAGUGACAGUGAUGCUUGUUGUACAGGUAAACGUGGAUAGUUGAAUCAGCUUGUCUGAUCUGGACUGUUCAUUAGGUAAAUCCCAAAUUUGAUGGUCUGUCAUGAAA